GGCCUAUGCACCAGUGCCAAUCCCUCAACAGCAUCGUUUUUGAUCAUAUUACAGUAAUUUCUACCGUAUCUUACUCUGGCACUUGGUCCAGGUUACUCUGUCUUCGCGCUGCUUUCUCUUCCUCUCGAUUGUAGCAUGAUGUUCUCCCAUGUCUCAGCUCACCCUCCGCGCUGGCUCCUUCUACCUGGUUCUCUACCAGCGCACAGAAGGAAUACCAACUAUGGAUACUACAUCCCAAUGAAUGACGGGGGAAGCAUGCUCACGGAAGUCCCGGAUACUUACCCAGCUGGUCUGGGUGAACCCCUCAAUAUCAUCAUCUCCGCGUACUCAGACUCGGAGGUCCUCCAGAAUACUGUAGACAACGGCGGUUUGAUCAAUUACUUCCAAUCAUUCGGAUUCUCCACAGAAUGUCUUGGCCAACACUCAGGAAGCGACCAAGCUGCCAAUCUUGGCGAUGGAAACGGUUGGCUCAACGAAACAGCCGUCAUACGAUGGGAUUAUGGCAAUGUCACCUUUGGCACGUGCGAAGAGACCAUCAACGGAGGAAACCAUUUCCGGUAUUGGAUACAGAACGGUCCUGAUGCUGAUAGUGGCGCAAUAUUCAUAGGUGCUUCCUACGAGAUGCCAAUUGCACAACAACACAACGUCAUCGUGAACGGCUACGACCUCGGCCGAGACUGGCUCAUUGGAAAUGCAACAUCCCAAUCCAGCGUCAUCCCCACCGAGAAACUCACUAACACUAGCACCUACUCCGGCCAAACCUCGUUCGGGGGGUACACCUACCAAACAUCCGUCAACUACAUCUCAGGAUUGCUACAGAAUACAAGUCAGGGAAUUAACCAUUAUCAGAGCGUCGCUGUGAAUGGUUCAAAUGCCAUUGAUGGACUCGUGGCAGUGAUGACUGUCAAGGUUUUGUCGAAGCCGGAGAGCUCGUCGACGAGUGGGUAAGUGGCUGACUCUCGGUCUAGGCUGUGAUUGUGAUUAAACAUACACGUGAUUCUCACCCGGCGAUCCUAGGGCGGAGUCGUCGUAUCGACGUAUAUCACUUCUAUGGGCACUAGCCAUCCUGGCAUGCACGCUAGCAACAUCCUCGCUAUAAUUUCCCUUAAUGCCGCCCAUAUACCCUACCUGCAGUACCCCUGGAGCCAACCAACACACUGCAUACCCCCUGUCCCUCGAUUCCCGACUUUAACGACCC